CUGUUGAAUCUUGACAAAGACCACAGAAAUGAAUAGAGCACAAGACCCAGAAAAUGCUGCUAUUUUCAAGCAGUUUGAGGAAGCUUGUUCUGAUUUUCAGGUACCUGCAACUAGAGCAGCUGCUGAACAAGUCAUGACCCAAUUUCGUCAAAUCCCAAAAGUCUUGCCUGCUUGUCAAUACAUUUUAGAACAUGCACAAUCAUCCAUGGUUCAAUUUCAAGUGUCUUUAGCGAUCGGAGACAUUGCUGUUAGAGAAUAUACACUUUAUGAAAAGAGCGACUUACUUGGACUUAAGAAUUACAUGAUUGAAUACUGCCUUCAAAGACCCACAUUACCUAAAUAUGUACGUGAUCAACUUGUAUUAGCAGCCGCAUUGAUCACCAAGCGCAGUUUGUUUGACGUUUCAAAUGAGGAUAGAGAGUCCAUUAUGCUUCACAUUACACAGUUAUUACAAAUGGAAUCAGACAAUGCACAAGUUCUUGGGCUGGCCCUUGCGAAUGCUCUCGUCGACCAAUUCUCCAACACAAAAUCCACCACGAUUGGGCUUACUUGGGAACACCAUCAUAAUUGUAAGCUCUUUUUCGAAUCCAACCUUCUUUUACCUCUAUUCCAACAAGUCAUCACCAAACUUCACGGAUUUGUAUCCCAGGUGCAACAGCUGCCUGACAAUGUACCUGCUAUCCUUGUCGAAAUGUUGCUCCUGCUUGAAAAGAUCCUUCAAUGGGAAUUUGAGGCCACCAACAGCACACCCAUUUUGCCCGGCACAUUUGCCAAGGAGUCGGAUUUAGAUGAUUUUGAUAGAGAGGAUGGUCCUUCUUCUGCCAAAAAGACCUAUGUUGUUUUCCCCAAGAAUUGGCAACCUGUUGUUGGUAGCAGUGAAGUUUUGUGGUUGUUUUUCAUGACCUAUGCUCUUGUACAAGAUGAUGAUCGUUUAGGACAUCGUUGUAGACAAUGUUUGAUUCAACUUUCUGGAUUUCAACAAGAUUUUUUCAACAACGAUUAUAAUACGAUUAAAUCCUAUGCGACCACCAUGAUUCAAGGCAUUCGAAAGAUGAUGAACGAUAUUACUGUUUUCGGUACCAGUCCUGAUGCAUUAAGUGAGCAAGGACCUCAAAUGCUCGGUACAAUUCAAAUGAUUCGACGCUUAUUAGAGAAUGCCUCUCUUCCUAUUCUCUGUUCUAUCCCGGAUUUCUUUCAAUUCUUGAACGAAGUAGGUGUGAUCACCGUAAGUUGUUUAGCGGGUACUGUUACCGAUGUGGAUGAAGGUUGGAUCAGUGAGGCGUGUGAUGAGUGUCUUCAAACGUGGGUUAAAAUGGCCGACAUCGUUCAACCAAGUGAUCCUCGUGGAGGAGAUGCGAAAGCCGGAUUGACUGCUGAACAAGCCCAACACUUGACUCAAUAUAUGCUUCACGUCGCUUCUCAAAUCGUAGACACCUACAUCAAUACCCGUCUUGAGCGCGCCAAGAAUGUGUUGGAAGAGGAGGACGAAGAAGACGAAAUUGAUGCUGGAUUUAAGGAUUGGGAUACUUUUGCAGAUCAAUUGACAUGUAUUGGUACGUUGGGUAGAUUAAACCCUCAACCUUGUUUGCAGCGUAUCCAACAAUUGACGGUGGAGCGUUUUGAAAAUUUCAAGAGUUUCUUUACCAACAAUGGGAAUGGACAGGCGGAUUUGACAUUUUUACACGAACAACUUCAUUGGAUUAUAUUGAUUACGGGACAUAUUCUUGCGGAUACUGGAAAGGGGGAACAACCCAUGAUCCCAGAGUCCUUGAUGCAACUUUCGGGAUCUCAGCCAUUUGAGCAAGAUCAAGUCGUCAACCUUUCGAAUUUAUUUCUCCAAAUUUUCAAGUUCAGUUCCAGUUUCAGCUCCAAUUCAGUCGAGGCAUCCAAUUGUAGUCCUCGUGUUGCAGAGACACUUAUUUGGUACAUGGAACGAUGGAGUAAAUCUUACUUGUUGUUGGAUGAGAAUGAGUACGGUUAUAUCAGUCCAAAUAUUGCCAAGGCAUUUGGUAGACCUGGCCCCUCGGAUGGUCAAGGUAUUGCUAUUAUUGAUUUCUUUAUCGAGCAAAUGAAGACCAAUUUUAUCCUUUGGAAUGCGGAUCCUGAUGUCCUGAACCAACUUGUGAACUGGCUUCAUACCUGUGGUACAUCAAAUAAUCUUAAGCGUGGUUUAUUACAAUCGGCUCAGUUUCCUCAAUUGGUCCAAUUUGUCACACAUAAUCUCGAGCAGUUACCUGAAGUCGUGCAUAAUUCGCUCAUUCAAACCAUUGCUACCAUUUCUAGUUUUGCAGCUGACGAGACAACAAGAAAUAAUUAUUUUGGACUCAUGUUUAAAAUGAUUGAGGAUUGUUUGGGUGCGCUUUUACACCGUCCUGACUUUCAACAAUGCUAUCAACGGGGUGAGAUUAUUAACAAAGUGAUCAAUGCUUUAGAGAUGUUUGAUGGAUUAGCACUUGCAUGUCAAUACAACAAUACACAAACAAUCUUUACGUUUUGUUCCCGAUUUUUCGAGAGUUUUGUUCAAUUGAUGAAUCUGUAUAAACAAGCACCCGAAGUCCAACUGUCUAUUCUUCAAUUGUUUUCUGAUCUUUGUAAGCGACUUGAUUUUGGAUUGUUGAGUGGAGAGGAUAAACAAUUGCUGUUUGGUACGAUCAUUGAGAUCAUGAAGGUAUUUGGUGUAUCCAACGGAGGUAAAAAGAGAUUACAUUCACAGGAGGAGGAGGAGGAUAAACCUUAUGCGGAUAUCUCUACUGUCUUGGUCAUGCUAUCUAAUAUCAUGGCAUCGGGUAUGGAGGAUUUCAGUCGAAAGGAACAAAAUGCAUCUGAUGUUGCUGAUGUUGUACUUUUCGGUAUUAAUAUUGUGAUCCCCAUGAUUGAUAUGGAAAUGUUAAAGAUCCCCAGUGUAUGUCAGCAAUAUAUCCAACUGAUUUCUCACAUGAUUGAAGUGUUCCCCGACAAAUUAUCAGGCUUACCAACACCUCUAUUUAACAACUUGAUGGCCAGUUUAGAGUAUGGUAUCCGUCAUGAUAUAUCCGAUGUGAAUAUCCUUACAUUACAUGCGAUUGCGCCCUUAUGUAUCUGGGCGUACCAACAACAAAGCAAUGGAGUCAAUAUUGAUUUUUUGAAGGAAGCCCUGCAAAAGUUCCUGCAGGCAUUAUUAGACUGUUUGUUGUUCCAACAUUUAGAUACAAACGUUAUUGAUGCAGCAUCAGAUGCGUUACUUGCAUUAGUCUGCACACAAAGGGAUGUUUAUAUGGUGUUGGCAAAUCAAAUCAUUUCACAACAAUCUGCGGAAAUUCAAUCACGUUUAUUGUUGGCAUUUCAAAAAUUAGAUCAGGCAACACCUCAACAACCACCUAAUAGAAAUGUGCCUGGCUUUAAGGAGGCUUUGCUUGCUUUCUUGAUGGAUGUGCGUGCCGUCUUGCGUGUAAAAUAAAUAACCUUAUAUUUUUGUAAUAAAAGAUUUUUUUGAUUUUCGUUUUUUUAAAAAAAAAAAAAAAAA